AUGGCGGCCUUCAAUCAUACUAUGGAUGAUUCAGACCAGAACUUCAAUUACUAUCCAUAUGCCGAUGGCGACAUGACAGGAGGCUGGUCCCCAUGGUUUGCUGAUUCUGGAAGAUUUCGCGAUGUCAGUGUUCCUGGGGAAGAAGGAGUCGGACAAUCACUGCAGUACACGGCCUUCGCGAGAUCGAGCGUCACCCUGGAGUUUCACGCAGCAGCUCGCGCUGGAUCCACGAUAGUGCCAUCGUUUCGGACGAGCUACCAAGCGGGUACGUAUGAUUCUCCUGAUCCCCGUGACCGAUGCCAACAUCAUCGCCGCCGUUACAGCGUUAGUUCACUGGCGCUUGUCGUUUACGAUAACAUGAAUUCGACGUUGCAGUAUUCAGGCAGCUGGGAGGUUGACAGUGACAGCCAAAUUCCUAGCAAAUCUUCCCCGAAACCGUACCGCCAGACAUCUGCUUCAUUGGCCUCAGUUUCGCUCAACUUUACAGGUGCUGCUAUCGCCAUUAAUGUCGCACCAGAUUGGGGCCAUUGGACGUACAAUGUGAUAGCGUGCAGACACAAUACAACGCGACAAAGCGGUCCUGAUCCGACCAAGCCGCACCAGAUCGAGCUCAUCAACGCUGCUAGCGCGGGAAUGAUUAUGAUGUUGAAUGACUUCACGGUAUAUGCCCCCAACGUUUCUGCAGCAAGCGCCGCUUCAUCCUUAGCUUCAUCUCAAGCGAGUAGUACUCAGAGCUCUCUUCCGGCUACAAGACGCCGGGAGCCCAUGCAAGACAUACUUGCUCCCUACUACGAGGGAUUUCCGCCUCCUGAUGUGCAACAGAAGUCUGGCCAAACGGUUCUGUCUCCAUCUACCUCCACUCUGUCGUACCAGAUUCACGAAGCACAAUCUACUCCGCGUAAUCCUUUCGUCAAUCAAUCUGCGACUAUAGCCCCGACUGAGGCGAGGACAGGGCUGUCGCAUGCGUUGCUGCUAUCACCCCUAUCACCCCCUCUACAGGCUCCUGUUGAUGUGGAUAGAAUCAUCGAGCUGAUCGCCCAGAGGAUAGACCAUCCACUUCCAGCUGAGCACGAGUUCCCUCCCCGGUAUCCCCUGUGA